AUGGCGCCUCCAACGGAAAAGGAAGACCCUCUCCCCUGUCCCUCGUGGAUUGUCUCCAAUGGGACCAACAUUCAGUAUGCCCCACCCCAAGUGCUGCACAAUAGUUUCGCUCUUCGACUGACCGGCUCCUUCAGCGUCGCCAAGGAUAGAUCAUGGUUCGCUGAUGACUACACGCCGGUUAAAUCGUUUGUAGAGAUCCAGUUCGGAGGGACACUGCCGGUCAUCGGCAUGGGCACAGUCAAUCUUCCCAUCAAAGUUGCCGCCGACAAGACUGGCUCAACCUCGCAUGGAACCAUUCGAUUGGAAGGUGUGCUGCAUGUCCCUAGCAUCCUCUGCAACAUUAUAGGAGCUCCCAUGUUUGAGGACUACAAUUUCUCGGUCAGGAGCAGAGCAUUCACGGAUCCCGCCACUGGCCGUCAAGUGGCAUAUUGUAAGCCUGACACAAAGCUCUGUGAAAUCCAACUCAGUGGGCCCCCAAUCGGGCCCGAAGUUGGUCCCUCGCCCUUUGAUCCAUCACCAUUAGUUGUGCAUGUGAUCGGCGCCUAUUGGCCUGAAAGCGAGCAGACACGGAUCGUCACUGAAAUCAAACGCAAUGACAUGAAACCGACAUCAUCCGGCUUCUUCGGCGAAAAUGAGGAUUCCGAGGUAGCUCGAUCUAUGCUGCAGAACCUAAUGUCAGAAAAGCGCCCUGCCCAUGAAGACGAUGACGAAAACGACGAGGAUGAGGACGAGAGUGACUCCUCCAUGGGCGGAGAUGAAUCUGAUCCUGACGCGCAGUGUGCUGAUCAUUUGUUUACGGAGAAGCAACUGCAGUGGAUCAAAGCCGUCUUUGGCAGCUCGAUUAAUUUUAUGCUCGCAUUUGAGCUCAAAGUCUACAAAGACGAGGACUGUAAAAAGGCCCCGGUGAUUGCGAAAGCCUUCGAAGAUACCUUCAUCAAGAACGACUCUGACGAUAGCGAUGACGACCUUGCAGAUAGCGAACAUUCAUACCAAGAGCCCAUGCUUGAGACUAACUACAUUUUUUCUCCAAAGCAAGUUCAGUGGCUGGAGAGCAAAUACGGAUCAACCCAAAAUUUCUUUCUCAUUCAAAAGCUCAACCCCGCUUUUGGGUUAGAUUGCGAUGAUGCCCGAAUCAAAGCCAAGGCUUUGAUGGCCAAGGCUGGUGUUGCGGACGAUGACAGCGACGCCUUCUGGGUAGACGAGGAUGACACUCAAAACGACGCCACCGAUCGUCUUUUUUCACCAUCAGAGCUCAGAUACGUAAGAUGCUGGUAUAUCAACUCGAAGAACUACAUGGCUAUUUUCAGAUAUGAUGCUACAAUCGAAGCGGAUUGCAAGAUUGCUUAA